UAUAUACAAAGAUAUAUACAAAGAAUAUAUACAAAGAAAUAUACAAAGAAAGGCAUGAAUUAUUCUCAAGAAGAAAUUGAAAAAAAACGUUUAUUAGCUAUACAACGUAAAAAACAAGCUCAAUUAAAAAACAGUUCAUUUAAUUCUACAAAUAUAGGAAAUAAUAUUUCUUCUAAUGACAAUAUUUUAAUUAAUGAAAAUAAGUCAAAUAAUAGCACAAAAGUUUUGGGAUAUGGACAAUCAAAAUAUAUUAAUUUCAAAAUAAAAUUUGGAAGUAAUUCUGAUAAAAAUAAUGCAAAAUUCAAUAAACAAAAAGAACGUUUUAAUCCUAUAUCAGCCCAAAAUUUUUUUGGUCAAAAGUCUUCUAUUACAGGAAAAUGUUAUAUGAUAAGUGAUACAAGAUUUAUAUUAGAAAUUUCAUCAUAUUUUCCUCCACUUAUUGAAACAUUAAAAACAAUUUCAAGCAGAUCAUAUGAUAUGAAAACUAAAAAUUGGAGUUUUCAUUUGAAAGAUUAUGAAACAUUAAUGGAAAAAAUUAUUAAUUUCAAAUCUAAUGUACAAAUUACAGGAUUACCAAAAAUAGUUCUUCAGAUAUUUAGAAAAAAUGAUACUUCAAUAAAUACAAUUGAAAAUAUUGAUCUAUCAGAUAUUGAUCCUAAAUUAUUAGAAAAUAUAAUGCCAUUUCAACGAGAAGGAAUAUGUUAUGGAAUAUCUAAAGGAGGUCGUUGUAUGAUUGCUGAUGAUAUGGGUUUAGGAAAAACUAUUCAAGCAUUAGGCAUUGCACAUUAUUUCAGAAAAAAUUGGCCUCUUCUUAUAAUUGUACCUUCUUCAAUGAGGUAUCAGUGGGCAGAAGCAAUAUAUACAUUUUUGCCAUCUGUACCUACACAUUAUAUUUAUCAAUUUACAAAUACAAAAGAUGUUAUUGAUGAUAGUAAAAUUGUUAUAACAACAUAUGAUCUCUUAGUACGAGCUGUAGAUACAUUUCAAUGCAAAAUUUUUGGUUUUGUUAUUUUGGAUGAAUCUCAUGUCUUAAAAAGUUCGAAAACUGCAAGAUUUAAGGCUGCACAGUGUAUAGUUUCGCAAGCACGUCAUGUUGUUUUGCUCUCAGGAACACCCGUGUUAUCAAGACCUAUAGAAUUGUAUUCUCAAAUAAAUCUUAUAAUGCCAAAUUUUAUGGGAUAUCAUGAAUAUGGAAUUCGAUAUUGCGCAGGAGAAAAAACUUCAUUUGGAUGGGAUUUUACAGGAUCAUCAAAUAUGCAAGAAUUGCACUUAUUAUUAAAACGCACUUGUAUAAUUCGUAGAUUAAAAAAUGAUAUUCUAAAUCAAUUACCAAUAAAAAAAAGAGAAGUUAUUCUACUAAAUCCAGAUUUAAUAAAAAUUGGUAAAGAAAUGUUAGAAAUAUCUAAAAAGCUAGAAAAAAAAGUUUUAAAUAAUUUAGAAAAACAUAAUACUCUUUUGCAAUAUUAUAAUGAAUCUAGUAUUGCUAAACAAAAGGCUAUAUGUGAUUAUGUUUCAAAGUUAUUUAUAAAUAAACAAAAAUGCAUUAUAUUUGCUCAUCAUCAUAAUAUUUUGAAUGCUAUUUGUGAAGUUGUGGAAUCUAUGAAUAUAAAAUUCAUUAGAAUUGAUGGGAAAACGAAUCCUGAACGUAGAAAAUAUGAAAUUGAUAAAUUUCAAAAUAAUGAUUCUUAUAUUGCGGCAGUAUUAUCAAUUACUGCAGCAAACGCCGGAAUUACACUCACAGCAGCACAACUCGUAAUUUUUGCAGAAUUGUUUUGGAAUCCUGGAAUUUUAUGUCAAGCAGAAGAUAGAGUACAUAGAAUUGGUCAAUAUAAAAAUGUUAUUAUUCAAUAUUUAGUUGCGAAACAUACAGCAGAUGAUUAUUUAUGGCCUUUAAUUCAGAAAAAAAUGAACGUAUUGAACGAAGUUGGACUGGAUCAAGAUUUUUCUUUGAAAAAUAUUGAUUAUACUACACAAGGAUUAAAUUCGAAACAAAAAACUUUAAAUUUUUUCAUUAAUAAUGAACAAUAUAAACAUGAAAUUAAUAAAAAAAUAGUACAAGAUAAUGAAAAUGCAACAAAAAAUAUAUCACAAAAUCAAUCUUCUAUAGAAGAAUUUAAAGAAUUACUUAAUAUGAAUGAAGAAGACUUUGAUUUUUGUGAUUGGGACAAUAUGGAAUGA